AGUUUCCCCUCCUGACAAGCUGAUAUACCUGUUUGUUUACGGAAAAGAUAGUCUACCCGAGAAAUCCUUAGUACUAACAGUUUAGAUCGUGUUUCGCUCGUAUCCAUCGGAAACUAUUGAUUACCCCCUUACUAUUUCCUGUACAAUUUUAUUGCAAGUGUUUGUAUGCUCAGUGAGACCCGAUCAGCUUUCUUCUGAUGAUGAUGAACGUGGUGUCUUUCUUUUGAGAUCCAGCACUCCGUAGCCAGGUUGGGAAGAAGAAGGAAACCAAAUAGAAAGUAGGGACGACGUCAUGAGGGCGGCCGGGCGACGUGAGGCUGAAGAGCUUCUGUUGAUGCUACGAGGGGAGCGGGAGGAUGCUGUGCAAGAACGUGUCAUGUAUCGGCAGGAGGCGUACGAUAAACAGGAGGACCCGGUGGAAUCCAAAUCCUCGCUUCCCGCAGGUGACGUGGUUCGUGCCAGGUCGUCUGCAAGAAACGGUAAAAACGGGGGAUUAGAGGAUGCCUCUGCUGGAAGAACGCCACUGCUGCACGAGGAGCCGCCGGUAUUCGCUCAUCUGCAAUCUCUUCAUUCCGACUCGUUUGCUGCUGUUCUUGCCCGCUUGUUGCCGCUGCUGAUACUGCUUACUUUUGUGGUAGGUUACGUGUACAUGUAUUUGACGACGUACGUCUACGGCUACUACCCGCUAAUUUGGUUCGAAUACGCCGUGCUUCCCUCGCAAGCCUUGGUACUGUACCACUUGGUUUUCUCGGUCGUGGGAGCGUGGCUCUGCGUUUCCCGGAUGGCGCACGCUGUGCGGGAAGACUGGAACGCGAAACUCCAGAAAUUUGCUCAGGCGUCUGAAGAAAACGAGAAGGAGCUCGACGGACUGCUGCACGUCGUUAUCCUUCCAAACUACAAAGAAGACGAGGAGACUCUAUCCGCCACCAUCACUAACCACAGGAAAGAAGCAGAUGACGUGGCGGUCGCCCAUCAUAAUGAGAAAGUGGGUAUUAAGUAAUUGUAACCAAGUACCACCAAAUUUGCAUCUGGCUCUGGCAUCAGCAUUGAAACUAGACGAGGGCUGGUCAUGUGCAUUCACUUGCGUACUGCUUAUUCACAUAUGAUUUGCUUUUGAUGCUGCCGAUGGGGCGCUUAUGCUGCUAGGGGUCACUUAUCUCAAUCUGUGUUUGUUAUGGGGUGAUCACUACGUACAGUUUUGCUCUCCAUACUCACGAACCUUGUUUUACAACAUUGUGACGUCAGUGAGGGAUCAAGAUCAUGCCGGAAGGGCAACGCUCAGGGAGGACAAGAAGAUUCUGAUGAAAACCGUUCAUGUUUGAAUUCAAGCCCGAGCGGGUGCCAGUACCGCCUCCCGAUGGUCCUCGUACUAGCUAUGGAGGGACGAGAGGGCGGCGAGGCAGUCGCAAAAGCGGAAAGGCUGCAAGCCCGACAUGGGCACCAAUUUGAGAAAAUUUUGGUUAGCUACCACCAGAAAGACGAGUUUCCGGGGGAGAUUGCUGGCAAGUCAUCCAACUCGCACGCCGGUUUUUUGUGCGCAAAAGCGUUUCUGAACGACCCGCUACAGUGCGUCAAUAUUUCGUUAGAUGAUGAAGAUCAACGUCGAAAGCCGAGUCGCGCACGCGUCGGCGCGCCUCGAGCUGCCAACAACGCGGACACUUCUGCGAUGUCUGACAAGAACGCCGAGUCUCGACUUUGGUGGCACCCAGCUCGUACAUUUUUCACCGUGGCCGACGCUGACACGCUUUUCCACAGGCAUUACUUCGCUUGUCUUACGCUUACCGCGCUCUCUGAAAAAUGCGCUGAUCGGGAAUGGAAGAUUUGGCAGUCCGUGCAGCUUCCGUUCCGCAACUAUCUAGACGUACCGGCGCUAAGCAAGCUUGCAGCAGUCGGGGCGUGGCUGCAUGAGCAUGCGCAGCUGGGUUUGUACACCUUGUUUCCGGCCGUGCCGAUGAGUUCUUACUCCUUAACAUACGCGCUCGCGGACCGUGUGGGCGGAUGGGACGUUGACGUAAUUGCAGAAGACUGCCACAUGUACUUGAAGUGCCUCCUCGUUUCCCACCUCUGGAGUGUUCGACGCCCAGAGCACCUUGCGGACGAAAAAGCUGUUGAUGGAGCUUGUCCUGCACAAGAAUCUGGAGACCACCUGCCAUGUUCAGAUGCUGUCAAGGAGCGGGAGGCUCUACUGGGAGGUUGCAAGGAGAGCAGUGGCCAAGAAGCUUCGGGGCCUAGACCAGGCGGUGGAACGGGCGCCAGGUCCUCGAGCUCAACGGGCGUCCCGGCUGCGCGUGGAUCAGUUUGCAAGAUGGAAGUGGUGUCAAUUGACCUCCCGUUUGCGAACUUCAUUGUGGAAAGCGAUCGCAUAUGCUUCGUAACAAGGGGGCCUGCAACACCCACAUGUAUACAUAGCCAAGACAAGUGUUUUUGCAAUGGUACAACAUUUAGAAGUCGUCCCGACGGAUUUUUGUAGCAUACAGUAGCACCGAUGCGAUUGACAAUGCCAGACAAGACCAUCACAGGCAUUUUCAAGCGAAAGACGGUCAGAAGUUGCUUUUCACCAACCUGAUAAGGCACAUGCGACCAGACCGAGCAGCAGAUGCAUUAGUACAUGACUCGCUCUGAAAUCUAGCGUCUCUUGAUUUGUAUGGGGUGGAGAACUUAGCAUGCUUCUUGUUCCGGAGGAUAGUCCAAUUCUUACCUCGCAAACAUCGUGGCACGAAUGCAGCAAGCUAGACGGCACCUCCAGGGAAUUGCGGAAGCAAGUUUCCUACUUUUGAACGUGUGGAACAUGCUCGCUUGGCGUGCAAAGUCAAUGCAACUGACGAUUAAGAGCAGCCCCUCAGCAGUGAGAAAUAAGACGAUCGCGGACGCCGGCAUGACACCAGCACUCGAGGAGCACUCAAUUUUUAGAUACGUGAAGCACCUGCGAAUUGCUUCUUCCAUAAUCAACCUCAACAUGCUCGUACCCUGCUGCGCCGGGAUGGGUAAAAGAAUGAAAAGCCGACCCCGCGCUCUAGCCAUCUCACAUCUACUUGCCUGCGGUCGCUAUUUGUAUUUUCUUAUGGAAUUCCAAUUGAAUGAUCUACUUUAUCUGAUACCUGUCGACUACGACGUGGCACCCCGGUAUGCAGUUGAGGUGGAAGUAGAUACAGAUACUCAAGAACCCUCUCUAGUUUCUCACGCCGUGGUCAGUGCAUGUCUUCAAAAUACGUAUGUAUACCACAGUCUCGCUCUUAUUCGUCGUGGUUCUGAUUGAUGUGAACUGCGACGUGCUGAAUUAGCGAGUGUAGGCAAAGUACCUGGUGGGGAGGCGGUGCGUGCAGCAUUUUUCCGCUUCAUACUUCGAGCCAUGCCCGGCCUUGUGCGAUUUCUUCACGGGUAUGGAGGCUUUCCUCUGAUCAUGGAAGCGCUACCGAUCACAUAUGGUAUCCUGUCGGCUGGCUUCGGUAGCCUCGUCUGCACCCAUGUGUUCCUGUUUGUUUCUUCUCUCCGACAGUUCCAAGAGGGACACUACUUUCCGGUGUGGCAACUGGGAUGCGGUCAAGUUUCUUGGAGUCGGAACACGGCGAAGUACCUGUUGAUUUUAGUUCUUGAUUUAUUGCUUCGUUUCGUCAUUUUUACAUACAGGUGGUUAAAAUACACCGAUCACAGAAACAUCGCACUUUGGGUGCCCUCUAAGUAGUAGGCGUCCGGCUCUCACGGGGGACCACUUCGGCUCUAUAAAUGCGGUAAUUACUUCUAUCUUGUAUCUAUUGAAUGUGCAACAUUUUUUAGGCACCGCUGUGGGAAGGAGGAGCGAAUUGCGGGGUGUGCCGACGAAAAGCAGGAAAAAGAAGCGUCCGCGUGCGCCCCAGUGGCGAGCUGCGGCACAGACCUGCACUUUAUCGACCACGACGAUGCUACCAUUACUUUUGACACCGUGGGCAAUCCGACGGUCGUAAGCAAAAUACACAGGAACCCUUCAUCGAAGGAUUACAGUGGGACGGAUUGCACAGAUAAAAGGGAUCCGUUAUCUCCGACGGGGUACUUGUUAAUCUUGGUGAUAUUAACUCUUUCUCUUAGCCUUCAUGCGGGCUGACUCUGAGCAAAUGCAAAUCUAUGUUUAAGUCUAUCUAUCUGAUAGUCGCAUGCCAACGUAGCUCUUUAUCUUUUUGGGGUAUGCCAUUGUCAGUUUUCGGCCUUGCAUUACAUACACCAUUAAGUUUAAGAUUAACCUCGCAAUUUGUUUGAUUGCUCAUCAUGUAUGAAUCUAUGGCGCACUACUUCCAUUCCAGGGGCCACCGCGACACGAACGGCGCAAGCGCAGCCUUCUCGACGUCAGGCACUUUUUUGUGUAUGGAUGCAGCGAAUACUCUUCCGGCAGGCAAUCAGGAACCUUUAUUGCGGAGGCUGGGAAAAAGCAUCAAUAUCCUGAGUAAAAACGUACCCACACCAGGACCAGAGUUAGGAUGAGGAUUUUGCAACACAAACCUAGGAGUUUUGUGAGUGACGCAUGACAAAUUGAGCGCUGCAGUGUAGUGCAGGUUAGCAAGUGCAGCCGCAUCACAAAUCCAGCUGCUCACCCUGUUCACAGCAUCACAAAUUCCAAAACACGACUGGAAAUGGCUCUCAUGCGGAUGCGCAUUACAAGUCUUCCUGUCUUUGCAAAUCUGCAUUACAACUCUGGCGUGGGUACGUUUUUACUCAGGAUAAUCAACGCAGUUUCGUCUCGCAAGCUCACGAAUGCGUCGCUUGUAGUAUUACAAUGAAAAAUGCCCCCACCCCCGAACUUGGGAAAAUUUGUAUUGCAAACCUUUCCAAAUGAAACACUCACCCUCUUGCAUCUAUCAGCAUCACAGGUUUUCAAUCGUGAACAGCAAGAAUGUAGUGUAUUGCAAAAGACCCCAGCAAGAGCGGCGCUUGUCAUGCAAGCGAUGCGAUACACGCCUAGACCCUGCAUAAGAAAGAUUCCUACUUCUUUCAUGCAUGACAAAAAGUCUUCAGUUGGACACUUCGCAUCACAAAUGUUUACAAUUUAAGGGGUGGGGGGCAUUUUUCACUGUAAUAUGUAGUGCUGAUCGCGUCGACGUUUCUCAACUUUCUUCUAUGGGGCCAGAUACUUCUGGCCCUACUAUUCUUUGUACCUCUUCUUCCGACAGCGAUUCAUAUCGCGUUCCAUGGUAACCGUUUUGACUAUGCCACCGCCGAAAAAUAUCCGACAAAACUUUCUGGUCAACUCACGGGUUCAGUUUUUUGGCAUCACUGUUGUCCCCCACCUCCGGUCACGUUCAUGAGCAUAAGUUACUUAGAAUUGCUGAGGGCUAUCUCAGCGUCGUUGCAAAUGCAAUGGAUACAAGAGCAAGUCAAAGAACAUUGAUUGACAAAUUUUUGCCAGGUCCACUCGGUUGAUAAAGUUUUUUUAUCAACAAGAUCGAACGAAGGACAGCGACAGAGAUAUACGUAUGCGCUGCGGGGGGGGGGGCAGAAACAGAACCUGUGAUGUGAUCAGUGAAGUUUUGGCUGGUAUUACGAGCCGAAGAGCGCAGCCGCAGCAACAAAUCCCAAUACAGUUGUUGUGGACGCAAAACCCGCUGAAAAGCGGCAGGAUGAUGAAACUGAGAGGAAUGAGAACGAUUGCAGUGCAAAUGCGAAGGCCGCUGGAGAAACGAUACGGGAACAGCUGUUGCAAGUGUACUUAAAGUACAUUGGCGUGCUGCGGCGCCGGACGGGUUUCGGAAAGGAUAAACGGGAUAUACGAACGCAAAUGCAAAGGCCUGCUAAGUUUAGCCAGGAGUUCUAUGAUGUGCCGUGCUGUCUCCACAGCCAAGUGUGCUGCACUUUUCUCUUGGUGUUUCUGUUUGUGUCAACGAUGGUGCUUGCUCCUGCGCUGGUCGGUGGGUUUUGGAACCUGGCGAAGCGUAUUGAACACAGUGCAGGAUGUUUUAUGCUGAAGAAACGUCGUCGAAGUCGAGCCAAUUCAAUGCGUUUUCGUGAUAUUUGCUUUUCUUCAUGUUGCCCUGCAUGCAAGAAAUGCAAAGGAUGGCGAUCUCGUCCAGGUAGCGUUCUUACGCACAUGAUGACACAUAUAGAUUUUACAGUCUGGUGCACCCCCCUCUAGUAUCCUGCUCUUCAGCAAGUUUUGUAACUAUUGGUAUUGGUAUUGUUGAUGCGUGAUUUGUGGUUUUCAGUUUCUUCAACGUUCGGGUAUUUUUCCGAAACUUCAACUUGUAGGAAUAAGAGAGUCACAAUAAAUCUUCAUGUGCGCAGCUGCGGACUAUGCAGCAACGAAUUUUCUCGACUUUUUCGUGGGACAAUUUGCGGCGGCGAGGGGGCACCAUCGGGAUCCUCCGAAGCUUCCUCCGCCGAGGACACAGAAGCCGGGAAGCUGCUAGAGGCGGAGCUCCAACAGUUUCGCAUCACCAUGCUCGACGAACUACGGCUCCUUCACGACUUGCACGAUCGGACAACGAAGGUGAAUAGAAGCACAGCUGAUGAAACACUUUCACCACGACAUGCCGGCGUGCGGGGUCGCGAGGAAGACGAGGCCGCAGAAGAUAUUACCACGAGUAGUACCGACAUCAAGAUAAAAAGGCACCAAGAACCGCAAUUACCGAAUGGAGCAUCGGAAUUGUCUGGUCCCAACUUGUUCUCGUCCCUACCGUGUCCGGAAUGUGUGGUGGGUGUCGGCAACACGUGGCGGGUGUGGACCUUCUGGCACGAGGAGAAGCUGGAGGAUUUGGAAACCGUUUUCUUGCAGAAUAUGCUGGUCCAAGAGCAGCAGGUGCAGGAACAUCAAAGUAGAAGUCCCCGGGAAGAUCAUGGUCCUCUAGAAGAGGGCGGCCACUCCGUGUCCAACGCAGGGCAGCAGGACCACGUCGUGGUGCCACAGUAUCAACACGAGCAUCUGUCCAUGAAAAAUUUGCGGGUCUUUCUCACCGAGAAGCAGACGCGUUUCAUCGAGGCUUUGGCGAAGUUUCGCGAUAAUGUGACGAGGCGGCCGCGCUGGAACCUGGUGAGCGACUGGGUGCGUUUCCUUCUGAUCUACAACUACGGCGGCCUGUUUCUCGAUCUUUCCAUUGUCCUUACCCAGCCUCUAGCGGAUUGGCUUCCGCGUCGCUUUGCGGACGGCGUCACAAAUUUGGUGUUUUUCCACGCUUGGACGACCCCAGCGUACCAGCUAUCAUUCCCUCUGGCGCGGGGUGAAGAAAAUCUCCCCUGGUUCGAAAGCUGGAUGAUUGCUGCGCAAGCCCCACAGGAGCCGUUUGUGUACGAAACCUUGGUGCAAUUUGCGAAAGCCUUCGAAGAUCUCCGACAGGACCAAUUAGCGGGGAGCGAGGCUUUUUGGGAGGACCUUCGUCAGGCAGGCGUGACGAUGUGGCAGCCCAACCUUGACCCCUUUCAGCAUCAGAUUUACUUUGCCAUGAACGCGGUUUUGCAGAAGCACUACAUUACUUCCGCACAACGGGGGGCGGGAGGGGUGCAGCUGCAAGAACAGGCUGCAAAUAUCACCAGCAGCGGUGGCACUGCUCCCCAUCAAGGUCUUCAUCCGCUGGCGGGGACGACCGCGAGUCCCCUACACGAGACACGUGGGGUGAAUACGGUUGGAUUGACAGGAGAGGCAGGCACCAUUUUAUCAGCGUUGCAGCACUAUGGGGUACGGACAGAAUCAUGCUUAUCAGACAGCAAUGGCGCCGCGAAAAUAAUGCAAGUAGAUGUGGGAGAGUUGUGCGCAAGCGGUGUCUUUUCGGGUUUGGGGGCAAGCACGUGCGAAAUGGAGCGGCUCGAGUCACUUGCCGACUUUCCGAAGCCUCUACUGAAAAUGAUCAAUUUAGAUCGGUCCCUUUUUCAAAGGGAGCUCAGACGUAUCCGCGAAAAUGAAACGGGCCAGAUAGACAAGACGAGCGCCAAUCCUCGUUCGACAACCUCCACUUCAGCUCGUGACAAACACGUAUCAUGCUGCGAGGGCGAAGUAGGUACGAAGGAAGAACUCGAGAACGCGGAAAAGGGUGACAUGAAACUAGAGCAGGCUGAUAAGCCAGUCGUGCCAGAGUCGGGACUCAGAAGCAGCCUGCAGAAGCUCCUCAAUUCAGCAGCAUUUCCUCAGCAGUUUGCUCGACUCCAGGAGCUCCAACGUCGUGCAGGUGGUGGUGAGCCCGAGAAGCUCGUUUUCAGUGAUCCAUCCGUUCACAAACAUACGAGUGAGCAGCAUACGGGAAUAAAGCCUGCUGCCAAUGCCGGUGAGGCUGGUGGUGUCGACCGGACUAUUUUUCCGGCCGUUCAAUCUCGGAAAGCCAAGAAACACCUGAACAAGAAAAAGAUCCCCAUCAAGCACAUGAAAGUCGCGCGAAACCCACCCCCAGUCUCCGGAGGCGGAACACACGUAGUUUGA